CCCUCCCUCUCUUUUACUGACCGGCUGUUCGUGUGGCACUUGUGCUUCUUUUAUAAAUUAAAAAAAUGGCAUUCGGAGAUGUUAAAACGAACCAAGGCUUAAAUGAAUUGAAUACAUUCUUGGCCGAUAAAAGUUACAUAUCCGGAUACACUCCAACUCAAGCCGAUGUGCAAGUAUUUAAUGAAGUAGGCAAAGCGCCGGCCGCCAGCCUACCGCACGUACUGCGCUGGUACAAUCACAUCUCAUCAUACUCCGCAGCUGAGCGACAGACUUUUGCUGCGGGUGUCAGCCCAUUGAAAGCCGGCGCCACCACCACCACUGCACCACCCGCAGCAAGCAAGGAAGACGACGACGAUGACGUCGAUCUUUUCGGAUCUGGAGAUGAGGAAGAGGAUGCGGAAGCAGCAAGAGUCCGUGAGGAACGUUUGAAGGCUUAUGCUGACAAGAAGUCCAAGAAACCGGCCCUUAUUGCUAAGUCAUCCAUUAUUCUUGAUGUGAAACCUUGGGAUGAUGAGACAGACAUGAAGGAAAUGGAAAACCAAGUCCGUACCAUUGAAAUGGAUGGUCUUCUCUGGGGUGCUUCUAAACUGGUGCCCGUUGGCUAUGGUAUCAACAAACUGCAGAUCAUGUGUGUUAUAGAAGAUGACAAAGUAUCUGUGGACCUAUUGACUGAGAAAAUCCAAGAAUUUGAAGACUUUGUUCAGUCAGUUGACAUUGCCGCUUUCAAUAAGAUUUAAAUGCCAUUCUAACUAUAAGAUUUCCACUCAAUAAAAUCACAUUUCUGUA